ACUUGUGCCGCGUCCUAGGGUCGUCCAGUGUCCCGAGAGGAAAUAAGAGGGAAGCCGCAUUUCUUACUAAUCCUGGUCAAACGCCGGGCGAGUCGAAAUGCUAGGUCUUGCUGCUACCGGCGUCUCAUCGACGCUUCCUCCGCGAAUCUCGUCUUGCCAGCGAUCUGACGUGUCAUGCGGAUUACAGCUUCAGUCCGACGUGUCGAGAGCGUCAUUAUCCGUUUCGCCCGGCGUUGCCAUUUCUGGCAAUGCGCUCAGCGACGGGCGUAUCGUAGGGUUACCAUCGCCCUCGAUUCGCACUCGGCGUAGUUCGCGAAAAGGGUCUUCCGCGCAGUAUACGUCAACUUCUCAACGAUGGAAACCGUCUACGCAUUCGCGACGCCAAGGAAAGAGCUACGCACCAGCAGCAGCAGCCGCUGCUGCCGGGGCUGGAUCGUCUGACGACUCAGACGAGCCCGUUUUUAUUUUCACGAAUCCGCGACAGUCGCCAGACGUCGCUCAGGUGCUUCGCCACGAUUCGCGCGCCUCCGCCGCGGCGGCCGCCGCUACCGCUGCUGCUGCCGCCGCCGCUGCCGCCGCCGCCGCGGACAAUGUAGCCACGGCCACGCAGGACGCUCUAGAGGCCGGAGCUUCCUCCGCGAUCGGCGCCGCGAGCGGCGGGCCCGGGGGGAGCCGGGCAAGCGGGCAGACGACGAGCGCUCAAGCGGCGGCCGUGGAUCAGCUUCUAACGAGACCGCCCACGCGACCAGUGCCCAUCGUGGCGGCUGACCACAAGAGCGGCUACGUGGCGCUGAUAGGGCAGCCCAACGCGGGCAAGAGCACGCUGCUGAACCGCCUCAUCGGGCAGAAGCUCUCCAUCGUCACGCAGAAGCCGCAGACCACCCGCCACCGCAUCCUGGGGCUUGUGUCCAGCAGCGGUUACCAGAUUAUUCUGUACGACACGCCCGGGGUGCUGUCCAACUACAAGCACAAGCUGGAUGAGCUCAUGAUGCAGUCGGUGCGCACGGCUACUGUGAACGCGGACGCUGUUGUACUCGUUAUAGACAUCACCCAGGCCCCUCAAGAGGUAGCGAAGCUGCUACUAGAGGGGAUGGAGAGCGCAGUGGUCCAGAAGAAGCCGACCCUUAUCGUGCUGAACAAAAAAGACUCUCUGAAGCCGGGGGAGAUCGCUAAGAAGCUCCAGUGGUACCAGGAGGCGGUGGCAGCAGACGGGCACCAGGUGGUUGCACUGAGCGCCAAGAGGGGCGACGGCGUGGAUGGCUUGCUGGCGUGGAUGCUGGACAACAUCCCCCAGGGGCCUGCCUACUACCCCAAGGACGUGGUGAGCGAGCUGCCGGAGCGGUUCUUCGUGGCAGAGAUAGUGAGGGAGAAGAUUCUGCUGCAGUAUGGGCAGGAGGUGCCGUACGCCUGCCAGGUGACAGUGAGGGCGUUCAGGGAGAGGGAAGGCGCCAAGGACUACAUCAGCUUGGACAUCAUGGUGGAGAGAGACAGCCAGAAGGCCAUUCUGCUGGGCAAGGAAGGCAAGGCGUUGAAGGCGCUGGCAACGGCAGCUCGAAUCGACAUUGAGGAGUUCCUGGGGCGACAGGUGUUCCUGGAGAUCCGAGUGAAGGUGAAGGAGAAGUGGAGGCAGGACGAGACCCUGCUGAGGGAGUAUGGGCUUGACGUGCGCAAGAGAGGCUCCUGGUACUGAAGCGGUUAGACUAUGAUGGUGUGGUGUUGGUAGUGUUGCGUGUUACAUGUACUGAUGUUUUCGAUGCAAGGGCCUUGUUUGUUACUGAAGUCAGCCUACCACGGAGAGUAUCCUUAAGUGUUGGAUGCAAUAUUGUACUGGUGUGCUUCGUAUUUGAAAACAGACUGCAAGUAGUGGCACACUGGCGUUGGCCGCCAUUAAUUUCUGUUUUCAUCCAAGACAAGACAGGCUUUUCU